ACGAUGGUCGAGACGAGGCGGAGCUCGGCGUCCGCGAAGCGCGCCUUUUCUUUCCCCUCCCCCUCGUCUCCCUCCACCAAACGCUCCAAGGUGGAGGCAACCUCGAAGGCGCACGAGACGGACCCGAGGGAGGAGGCGCCGCCGGGCGCCGAGGACCGCCAGGUCGCGCCUGAUCUGCCCGCUGCCGCUGAUCCGCCGACGGAGGCCGGCCAUGCUUCGCCGGAACAGGAGAAGAGGCCCGAGGAUGGGGCGGGGCAGAGUUCCGAGCUUCAAUUGCCGACCCAAGAGCAAACAGCAAAAGCUGAAGGAGAACAAUUGGGGCUGGUGCCGUCGGAACUCCCGAAGAAACGGGUCUUGAAGGUGCAGCCGAAGGCAUGGGCGAAACUUCUUUCGCAGUGUUCACAGAACCCUCAUCUUGUUAUCUGUGGUUCUCAAUUCACUGUUGGUCAAGGCCCAAGCUGCAACUUAUCAUUGAAGGAUCUGUCUGUCAGCAGGAAUCUUUGUAAACUGAAAUAUCUUGAGUGUAGAGGUGCACCAGGGGCCUUGCUUGAAAUAGUAGGAAGAAAAGGCAUUGUGCAGGUUAAUGGAAAAAUCAUUGAGCAAAACUCGCAAAUAAUUCUCAUGGGAGGGGAUGAGGUCAUUUUCGGUUCAUCCAGGAGGCAUGCUUAUAUUUUUCAACCACUUGCUAAUGACAAAUUAACUACACCUGCAUCAUGUUCUGCACCUGGCAUUUUGGAUGCACAGGAUGUUCCUAUCAAAGGGAUUCAAUUUGAGAGCAGAUCUGGAGACCCAUCAGCUGUUGCUGGUGCGUCAAUAUUGGCAUCUCUAUCUAAUCAUAAGAAAGAUCCAUCAGUCCUUCCACCAGCAUCUAGUGGUGAUAAUGCUCAUCAAGGAGUAGAAAAGCCUGCCCUGCCUUCUGCUUGUGAUGUAUCAGAGGUUUGUAAUUCAGACCUUGAUAAGAACUGCGAUGCUACGAAGGGCAAUACUGUUCAUAAUGGGAGUACUGAGGUUCCUUCUGGUGAUGAGGAUGCUGUUGUUUUAGCUACCAAUCUUGGUGUUAAUGGAGCAACUCAGCAUGAUACAAUUGGUUCAGAUGCCCAACUUGAUGCAGAUAUUGGAAAGAUUUCUGGUGCAAACUAUGAGAUAAGGCCGCUUCUGAAGAUGAUUGCAGGAUCAUCGACUGCUGAACUGGAUUUGACUGGAAGCAUAUUUAAAGUGUUUGGGGAUCAGAGGGAGCUCCUUAGGGAUCUUGGUACCCCUGCAUCCUUGCCUACCACUAGAUGCCAAGCCUUUAAGGAUGGUUUGAAACAAGGGAUUGUUGAUGCUAGUGAUAUCCAAGUCUCCUUUGAAAGUUUUCCCUAUUAUCUUAGUGAGAAUACAAAAAAUGUGCUUCUAUCAUGUGCAUACAUUCACCUGGAAUGCAAGGAGUUUAUAAAAUAUGCAACUGAGAUUUCAUCUGUAAAUCCACGAAUUCUACUAACUGGUCCAACAGGAUCUGAAAUCUAUCAAGAAACUUUGGUAAAGGCCCUUGCAAGACACUUUGGUGCCCGAUUACUCAUAAUAGAUUCUCUUCAGCUACCCGGUGGUUCAUCUUCGAAGGACUCAGAAUCCCUAAAAGAAGGUGGCAGGGUCGAGAAAGCAAGCUUCUUUUCUAAGCGUGGUGCAGUUCUUGAUCUUAGAAGACCAACUUCUAGUGUAGAGGCUGAGAUUAUGGGGACAUCUAUGUUAAAUUCCCAUUCUUUGCCAAAGCAGGAGGCAUCAACAGCAUCAUCAAAGAAAUACACAUUUAAAGAAGGCGAUAGGGUAAGAUAUAUUGGCUCAGGAACUUCAUCAGGCUUUCCUCUUCCAGCUCCUCAGAUUGGUCCAAAUUAUGGUUAUCGAGGUAAAGUUGUUCUUGCUUUUGAGGAAAACGGAGCCUCCAAAAUUGGAGUUAGAUUCGAUAAGCAAAUUCCUGAGGGUAACGAUCUUGGUGGGCUAUGCGAGGAAGAUCAUGGCUUCUUUUGCACUGCUGAUUUGCUCCGCCCAGAUUUUUCUGGAGGUGAAGACAUUGAAAGGCUUGGCAUCAAUGAGUUACUAGAGGUUGUAUCUGAAGAAAGUAAAAAUGGUCCUUUAAUCAUUCUAAUAAAGGACAUAGAGAAAUCUAUGGCUGGAGGUACAGAAACAUAUUUAACUUUGAAGAGUAAGCUUGAAUUCAUGCCUGCAGGUGUUCUAAUUAUGGGUUCCCAUACCCAGAUAGACAACCGCAAAGAGAAGUCACAUCCUGGAGGUCUUCUCUUCACAAAAUUUGGAAGCAACCAGACAGCACUGCUUGACUUUGCUUUCCCGGAUAACUUUGGUAGGCUUCAUGAGAGAAGCAAAGAAAUUCCGAAGACCAUGAAGCAGCUCACUAGAUUAUUUCCUAAUAAAGUUUCUAUCCAACUUCCACAGGACGAAGCCCAACUUUUAGAUUGGAAACAACAAUUGGAGCGUGAUGUUGAAAUUCUGAAGGCCAAAUCCAAUAUUCUUAGCAUCCGUUCUUUUCUAAACCGGAAUGGAUUAGACUGUAAUGAUCUUGAAAUGAUAUCCAUAAAGGAUCAAACACUUACGAAUGAAAAUGUGGAUAAAAUAGUUGGCUUUGCACUUAGUCAUCACCUUAAGAACAAUAAAAUUGAAGCAUCUGCGAAGGAUUCUAAGUUUGUAAUUUCCAAUGACAGCAUUAAGCAUGGGCUGUGUAUGCUACAAAGCAUCCAAAGUGAUACCAAGAGUACAAAGAAAUCACUCAAGGAUGUGGUCACUGAAAAUGAAUUUGAGAAAAGACUUCUAGCUGAUGUUAUUCCACCUGAUGACAUUGGAGUUACUUUUGAUGACAUUGGAGCCUUAGAGAAUGUGAAGGACACAUUGAAAGAGUUGGUGAUGCUUCCUCUACAAAGACCAGAAUUGUUCUGCAAAGGACAAUUGACAAAGCCCUGCAAAGGAAUACUGCUCUUUGGUCCUCCUGGUACAGGAAAAACCAUGCUUGCUAAAGCUGUUGCAACAGAAGCAGGUGCAAAUUUUAUCAAUAUAUCAAUGUCAAGCAUCACCUCUAAGUGGUUUGGGGAAGGAGAGAAGUAUGUCAAAGCAGUUUUCUCAUUAGCAAGCAAAAUUGCUCCUAGCGUCAUUUUUGUCGAUGAGGUUGACAGUAUGUUGGGCAGGCGAGAAAAUCCUGGAGAACAUGAAGCCAUGCGCAAGAUGAAAAAUGAAUUCAUGGUGAACUGGGAUGGAUUGCGCACAAAAGAUAAAGAACGGGUAUUGGUGCUUGCUGCCACCAACAGGCCUUUUGACCUUGAUGAUGCUGUCAUAAGGAGGUUUCCUCGGAGAUUAAUGGUAAACUUACCGGAUGCAUCAAAUAGAGAAAAGAUUCUCAGAGUAAUAUUAGCCAAAGAGGAGCUCGCACCAGAUGUUGAUUUGGAAGCACUUGCCAAUAUGACGGAUGGAUAUUCAGGAAGUGACUUGAAGAAUCUGUGUGUAACUGCUGCACAUUGCCCCAUUAGAGAAAUUCUGGAAAAGGAAAAGAAGGAGAGAAGUUUAGCAUUAGCAGAAGGUAGACCUUUACCUGCAUUGCGUGGAAGUGAUGACAUUCGUCCUUUAAGCAUGGAAGACUUGAAAUACGCACAUGAGCAGGUAUGUGCUAGUGUAUCGUCUGAAUCCACAAACAUGAGUGAACUUCUUCAGUGGAAUGAGCUCUAUGGUGAAGGUGGGUCGAGGAAGAAGAAAGCACUGAGCUAUUUCAUGUAGGAGAUGCCCAUUUUGUGUACAGCCGUUCUCUUACAUCCUUGCGUGAAAGCUCGCAAAUUUGGCUGUCAGUGUAACUGGUUUUCCUUCUCAGGCUCCCAUGUAUUUAAUGUGUGUCAUGUCAUUUAUCAAUCUGUAAUUUAUAGUAAGUUAUAUUCUAUCAUUUUCAUCGAGCUGGUAUAACAGUAGCCUUUUUUGUCUGUAAAAUGCAGCACUUUAGCAGGGCUGAAGGCCUCUGUAAAUACCAUAGAAAUUGCCGAGAGGAAUAAACACUGCAACUAGAGUUCUUCCUUUUUCGAAUUAAUAUCGUUUUAGUUCAA